AGCCAUGUAAACAAACCCUGAACAACUUCUACUCUUCAGUAGGAGCAGAACGUUAGAGUUUCUCCGUAACACAAGGAGGCAGUAGGUUUCCGGCCCGUGCUUUAAACUUCCGGUGGAUCUCUUUCUGUCUCUCUUCGGCUAAACCUAAUCCAACAUGGGCCGUGUCAGGACAAAGACGGUGAAAAAGGCUGCUCGGGUCAUCAUAGAGAAGUACUACACCCGCCUGGGCAACGACUUCCACACCAACAAGCGUGUGUGUGAAGAGAUUGCCAUCAUCCCCAGUAAGAAGCUCUGCAACAAGAUCGCCGGGUAUGUGACCCAUCUGAUGAAGCGUAUCCAGAGAGGUCCAGUCAGAGGCAUCUCCAUCAAGCUCCAGGAAGAGGAGCGUGAGAGGAGGGACAACUAUGUCCCAGAGGUGUCUGCUCUGGACCAGGAGAUUAUUGAAGUGGACCCUGACACCAAGGAGAUGCUCAAGCUUCUGGAUUUCGGCAGUCUGUCCAACCUGCAGGUCACCCAGCCAACGGUCGGCAUGAACUUCAAGACUCCUCGUGGAGUUUAGGUGUUUGUAAUAUAUCUCAUAAUAAAACUGUGGAAAAAAAAAAC